GCUCAUUUCAUUUGGUUAUUCUUCUUCUUUGAAACCCUGCCAUUAUUGGUCCUUCUGCAAGAAAAACAGUCCGUACAGGAUUUUGCCCUCACGAUGGGACCGAAUGUCUGGGGACGGAACGGGGGAUACGCCACCUACCCUUCCCGGCAAUGUGGCUGGCGACAACUGGCUUUUCUCCGAGCGAGUUCGCGCGCGCUCUACAAUGCGGCGCCGUGUUAGCCCCGUUGCCCUGCAUGGUGCGGCCGCAGGUUUCCGAAAACAUCGCAAGAGAGAGCCGGACUUGCUGUUGAAAAAAGAAAGCCUCAAAACAAACAAAGCCUUUGGGGGGACGAAACAAAAAGAAACGGCCGACAGGGUGUACACUGUGUUUGUUUGCUACCCAGGCCUACAUAACGGCAUUGAAGACGACAUUGAUCAGAGACAGGCCCUGAUUAGACCUGUCAGACCCUGGAGCGUAGCUUUUGGAGAGUCAUGCAAACGGGCUAUCGUUUGGGGCCAGAUUACAGGCCAUCCCAACGUGCUACCGUACCGCUGGUUAGCCGUUUCCCGGCCCUUGACAGACCAUGGGCAGCCGCUGUAGUAUCUACCACUACGUGGCCCUGUUCAGCGCAAACCUUGUCUGCUUAGCCAGUCGGCCAGGGGCUGCGAUUCUACGGUUGAUGUCCGGGGCCGGGGACUGACAGGACUGGUAACGUCCAUAUCCUGGUUGAUUCGAUAGUCUGCGUGGUGCUCUGCUAAUACAGCUUGGCAAACACCAAGGGGACCAGAUUAACAGAAGAUGCGCCACGCAUACAACACUGCUAUUGCCGAGUUGCCAAUUAGGCGUAGCAUGGGCUAUCAAGUACACGGAGAAGGCUAUUAGUCAGUCCGAGAGCUGCAAUCCUGGUGGCUUGGGAUGGAACACGCCGCGAUCUAGAGCUGUGCCUAGGCGGCGCCAUGGAAUCAUUAGCAGAACGAGACCAUUCGCGGGUUUUCGAACUCGUGGCGCUAAGACGGAAUCGGUGCAAAACAAAAGGAAGCAUCCCUCUAGCAGAGGGCGGUUCGGAAAGGACGGCUCUAAGACAUGUAUGUUUGCUUUUGCCCUAGUAUCUUAGCCCUUGCCUAGCUACCGCUGGACAACAACAGACAUUUGCUGAUAAGUGACAUCUCGGAAAACAAAAUUUCUCGUUUUCCUUUUCUGGCUGAGAAGCAGUGUAACCAAAGACCGGAGUUUGGAACGGACGGUAGUGAUACGCGAAAUGAGCAGAUAGAUGUUUACACGCGGCGGCCGAGGUCUCGAGCACCCGUCUGGAGAGCUCUGCUCCGGAAAAGACGGCUGGCGACUGACGGACUCAGCGGUGGGGAGUACGGUCAGCUCACCGGUGAGCCUGUAGGACCAAGCGGGAUGUCGCGGGACGGCUUGAAGGUUGGCUGCAGGAUCAAGAAACUUUGGUAGGGUGGCCAGGCCAAGUGAGGCGGCGCUGCCUCAAUGGGCUGGCCCUAGCUAGAAGCAGUACAGCGUCGCGCCAGCUGGCAGGCUAACCAGCUGGCCCACCUGCGUUGGCCGGCGCCCACGCUACUGACAGACCAAAAUCCUUUCCUCUCGCCUCCCUCUUCUCCCGGGCUGCCCUGGCAAAUACUACAAUUCAUCGUUCUAUUGUAGUAUUCCUGGUGGCCUGGUUUCUCUUUUAGGGCACCGUAGCUCCCCUCGUCUGGAUCCACUGUCGUAGAAGGGGGUGGAGCGCUAUUGGUCUCACGGCGACAAGGGUCUAACAGCAAACAAAAAAGGAACAAGAAGCGCAUCAAAAGGAAAUGACGCGAGUCCAAACAGGGCUGCUGCCUCAGAGCGCCCGCCGCUGCGAGGCUGCACGAAUAGGGAAAUGAGCUCUCCGAUUCUGACAGCCCACAGGCCACCGGCACUUAUCCCGAACCCAGGUACAGGAACAAGGGGGUUACAACUGGUAGCCAUUGUGCGCUUGUUAAGCGAUCCUAGUCACGGUCAAGUGCCGUGAGUAGUAUCAGCGAAAGCAAACAUUCUUCUAGCUCACAGACUAUUGUCUCGACCUUAAGGCUCUAACGAACUAAGCGUGGAUGAGAAAAGAAGCAAACUGUGCUCAAGAAAGAAGCAAACGCACACGAUCAGUCGACUCAAGACCCUCCGUCUGAAAAAGAACAAUGGCCCAACGCAAGACGGCUACUUGGACCAAAGGGGUAAGGCCUGGAGCUAGAGGAGCCCGACUUGAUCCUUGGUUUCAGUUUCGAUCCGCUUUCUGAUCUCCGCUAAGCCAAAGGGGCAUGGUCUGGGGGGCAGUAUGCUCUUGAUGCCUUGCCUCUUUGAGCAGAAUUCGCGACCCGCCGCUGCGGGGACUGGACUAUGGAGCAGCAGCAAGCCGGGAGAUUACAUGUACGAUUUGUCGUAAGUAUCUGAAUGGAAAACAUGCAUUGCUUUAGCCAGGCCUGCUAGGACCACGCCCUUUGGAGCCACUUCUUCCAACGUCGAAUCAGGCUCAUAGUCUCUGGGGAGGGCGUGUAGUCUACGAUCUAGGCUUUGGGAUAGACACGAACCGGAUGGGAUUUGUCUCUGCAGAAUGUGCAGCCCUCCGUGCAUCCAUCUGCCCUCUGGGCAGGGAGCUCAUGACGCACCUUAUUCCGCACUUAUAAAUACAGAUGCCCAUUCCCAUCGAAGGGUUAUACUCUGUUCUGAAUCUUCAGCUUCGAGCCCAUCUCCGAUUUGUAUCUUUCUUUUUACUUGGCAACUUUGCCUCAGUCAUUCUUUUGAACUUUCGAAUAUCACUAUUACACAACUAAUACAUAAUUCACACACCCCAUGAAGGUGCUCGCCGUCGCAGCCGCGCUCUUUGCCGGCACAACGCUCGCCGUUCCUUGCGGCAGCGCUUGCUCACCUUGUCAGCCGGGCAGCAACCCUCCCAAUGGCGUCUCCAGCUCUGAUGAGAACAACAAGCCUACCGGUUCCAACCCUGGUGGCAACAGCAACAGCAACACUGGUGCUUGGGGAGCCUCCAGCACUCCCUCCAACAGCUACGGAUGGGGAUCUUCCAGUGAUGUGAACCCCAAGACUGAUACCAACACUGGCGGUUGGGGCUACCCUUCAGGCCCUCCUUCUAACUCCGGCGGCUGGGGUUCGUCUUCUGCGCCUGCUUCCAACACUGGUGGUUGGGGCUCGUCCUCGACUCCUGCUGCUUCCAACAGCAACGGAGGUGGCUCUCCCAGCAACUCUGGCGGUAACGGUUCUCCUUCCUCGAGUGCUCCCGCCAACUCUGCUAGCACCUCUGGUGGUAACGGCUCUCCCACUUCGUCUGGUGGUAACGGCUCUCCUACUUCGUCUGGUGGUAACGGCUCUCCUACUUCGUCUGGUGGUAACGGCUCUCCUACUUCCUCCGGUGGAAACGGUUCUCCUACUUCCUCCGGUGGAAACGGCUCCCCCACUUCGUCUGGUGGUAACGGUUCUCCUACUUCCUCCGGUGGAAACGGCUCCCCUUCUUCCAGCUCUCCUGCCAACUCUGCCAGUAACUCUGGCGGCAACGGUUCUCCCACUUCCUCUGGUGGAAAUGGAUCGCCUACCUCUUCUGGUGGUAACGGUUCUCCUUCCAGCUCUCCCGCCAACUCUGCUAGCAACUCUGGCGGCAACGGUUCCCCAUCUUCCAGCCCUGCCGGAAACCCCAGCAACACCCCCAGUGCCACUACCAGCGGCGGAAACACCACUCCUACUGGUACCAACUACAACCCAUGCCCCGGUGCUCUCUACAGCCAAGCUCAGUGCUGCAGUGUCGAUGUUCUCGGCGUUGCUGACCUUGACUGCAAGACCCCUUCCCACGGCUUUGACAGCAAGGCUGGAUUUGAGGCUACCUGCGCUGAGACUGGUCAGCAAGCUCGCUGCUGUGUUAUUCCCGUGCUUGGUCAAGAUGUUCUUUGCACUGGUCCCGCUCCUGGCGGCAAUCCUACCUCUUCUAGCGGCAAUGGUUCUCCCACAAGCUCUGGUGAUAACGGAUCUCCUAGCUCGUCUGCUGGUAACGGAUCUCCCUCGUCUUCUGGUGGCAACGGCUCCCCAACAAGCUCCGGCGGUAACGGUUCCCCUACUAGCUCUGGUGGCAACGGCUCCCCAACAAGCUCCGGCGGUAACGGUUCCCCUACUAGCUCUGGUGGCAAUGGCUCUCCUUCUAGCUCUGGUGGUAACGGAUCCCCCAGCAGCGCGCCUAACAGCGGCUCUCCUACCAGCUCCGGCAACACUACCCCUACCAACCCUCCAUCUGGUGGCGAGUACGACCCCUGCCCUGGUGGUCUCUACAGCCAGGCUCAAUGCUGCAGCGUCGAUAUUCUCGGUGUUGCCGACCUCGACUGCAAGACUCCCCCCCAUGGCUUCGAUAGCAAGGCUAGCUUUGAGGCGACCUGCGCCGAGAGCGGCCAGGAGGCUCGCUGCUGCGUUAUUCCUAUCCUAGGCCAGGAUCUGCUUUGCACUGGCCCUGCCCCUGGUGGCAACCCUCCUACCAGUUCUGGCGGCAACGGAUCUCCUAGCUCCUCUGCUGGCAACGGCUCGCCCACAUCCUCUGGUGGUAACGGAUCUCCUACUUCCUCUGGCAGCAAUGGUUCUCCCACUUCUUCUGGCAACGGCUCGCCUAGCUCCUCUGGUAACGGCUCUCCCACUACAUCUGGCAACACUGCUCCUACCAACCCUCCUUCUGGUGGUGACGACUACAACCCUUGCCCUGGUGCCUUGUAUGCUCAGGCUCAGUGCUGCAGUGUUGAUUUCUUUGGUUUCUUUUUUUUUUAUUUUAAUAACCCUCCUCAUGGCUUUGAUAGCAAGGCUGGAUUCGAUGCCACAUGUGCUGAGAGCGGCCAGAAGGCUCGUUGCUGUGUUAUCCCUGUUCUCGGCCAGGACGUCCUAUGUACCGACCCUGCUCCUGGUGGCAACCCUCCUGGUAACCCUCCUACCAGUUCUGGCGGCAACGGAUCUCCUAGCUCCUCUGCUGGCAACGGCUCGCCCACAUCCUCUGGUGGUAACGGUGCUCCCACAUCCUCUGGCGGUAACGGUGCUCCCACUUCUUCCGGCAGCAACGGUUCUCCCACUUCUUCCGGCGGCAACGGUUCUCCUACCAGCUCUGGUAGCACUACUCCCACCAACCCUCCCAGCGGCGGCGACGACUACAACCCUUGCCCAGGCGCACUCUACGCCCAAGCCCAGUGCUGCAGCGUUGAUGUCCUUGGCGUAGCUGAUGUUGAUUGCAAGACGCCUCCCCACGGUUUCGAUAGCAAGGCUGGAUUCGAUGCUACCUGCGCUGAGAGCGGCCAGAAGGCCCGCUGCUGUGUCAUUCCUGUUCUUGGUCAAGAUGUUCUCUGCACUGAUCCUGCGCCUGGCGGCAACCCACCUAACGGCGGCAACCCUCCUUCUGGUGGUAACCCUCCUGCCAGCAGCAACCCUCCCUCCGGCGGAAACCCUCCUACCUCUUCUACUACUCCUGGCGGCUCUUCUCCCACCAACCCUCCCUCUGGCGGCAACCCUCCCAACGGUGGUGACAACUAUAACCCUUGCCCUGGCGGGCUCUACUCGCAGGCUCAGUGCUGUGCCACUGAUGUGCUCGGCGUUGCUGAUCUCGAUUGCAAGGUUCCCAGCCAUGGCUUCUCCUCCAAGGACGGCUUUGACUCUACCUGUGCUGAGACUGGCCAGCAGGCUCGCUGCUGCGCCAUCCCCGUUGCUGGACAGAGCCUUCUCUGCACUGCUCCCGCUCCUGGUGGUAGCAACCCUCCUUCUGGCGGUAAUCCUCCCAGCGGCGGAAACCCUCCUCCUGGUGGAAACCCCCCAUCUGGCGGCAACCCUCCCAACGGCGGCGAUAACUACAACCCUUGCCCUGGCGGGCUCUACUCGCAGGCUCAGUGCUGUGCCACUGAUGUGCUCGGCGUUGCUGAUCUCGAUUGCAAGGUUCCCAUCCAUGGCUUCUCCUCCAAGGACGGCUUUGACUCUACCUGUGCUGAGACUGGCCAGCAGGCUCGCUGCUGUGCUAUCCCCGUUGCUGGACAGAGCGUUCUUUGCACUGCCCCUGCUCCUGGCGGCAGCAACCCUCCUAGCGGUGGAAAUCCCCCUUCUGGAGGCAACCCACCCUCUGGAGGUAACCCCCCCAGCGGCGGCAACCCUCCUUCUGGUGGCGAUGAUGAUGAUGACUUCAACGCCUGCCCUGGUGGUCUGUACGCCCAAGCUCAGUGCUGCUCUACCGAUGUUCUCGGUGUUGCCGACCUUGAUUGCCAGACCCCUUCGUCUGGCUACAGCAGUGCCAAGGACUUUGGUGCCGUCUGUGCCUCUACUGGCCAGCAGGCUCGCUGCUGUGUCAUUCCCGUCGCCGGCCAGGAUCUCCUCUGUGCCACUCCCGUCGGCCUGUAAAAUGGCAUUGGUGAUUUAAUUGGAUGUUAGCGGGUUGAGAAGCGAUUUGGUUUAUUUUUUUCUUCUUCUUUCAUUCUUUCAAAAUAGUUUUCUUUGGAUAUUUUCUUGAUAGCAUUCGGUCUGUGGAAUUGGGGGCUUUUGUAUUAAGCACAACAACUAGAUAUGAUAUGGACAUUGAGCGUUGGCUUUACCACGCCUUUGGCCAAAACGUACAAAACUUUAAUCAGAAGGUCAAAUUUACUUUUUACAAUUGCGCUGUUAUGC